GGGACACAAACAGAAGUUAUCAACACUGCCUCUUAUAAUUACCUUGGAUUUGCCGAAAAUAAAGGACCUUGUGCCACAGCUUCAGCCAACAUAAUUAAUGACCAAGGGAUUUCUUCAUGUGCCAGCAUUCGUGAAUUAGGUCAACCUUUAGCUCAAACUGAAUUAGAGAAUUUGGUUGCUGAAUUUAUUGGAGUUGAAUCUGCCAUAUGUUUUGGAAUGGGAUUUGCUACAAAUUCGAUGAAUUUGACCUGUUUAAUGGAUAAGGAUUCCUUAAUAAUUUCUGACCAAUAUAACCAUGCUUCUUUAAUUCUUGGUUCAAGAAUAUCUGGAGCUACAAUAAAAAUAUUUAAGCAUAAUAAUAUUCAAGAUUUGGAAAAAGUAUUGAGACAAUCAAUUAUUUUUGGAAAUACUAAAAAGGAAGGAAAACCUUUCUCUAAAAUAAUGGUUAUUAUUGAAGGAAUAUAUUCAAUGGAAGGAACAAUUUGUAAAUUGGAUGAAAUUAUUAAAUUAAAGAAAAAAUAUAAAUUUUAUUUAUAUUUGGAUGAGGCACACAGCAUAGGUGCAAUGGGAAAAACAGGACGCGGAAUUGUUGAAUAUUAUAAUUGUGAUUCUAAAGACGUUGAUAUUUUUAUGGGGACAUUUACAAAAAGUUUUGGAGCUGCUGGUGGUUAUAUUGCGGGUAGUAAGGCUUUAAUUUCCCACAUUCGCCAAAAUUCUCCUGGUGAAUUCUACACAAUACCAAUGUCACCACCAAUUGCCAAACAAAUAUUUACAGCAAUGUCUUCAAUUAUGGGUAAAGACGGGACUGGUGAAGGACAAAAAAGAAUUGAACAAUUGGCUAGAAACACCAAUUAUGUUCGUCUAAAAUUAAAACAAUUGGGAUUUAUUGUUUAUGGUUCUAAUCAUUCUCCUGUUAUUCCUAUUAUGAUUUAUCAUCCAACAAAAUGCGGCCUUUGGGGACGUUUAAUGUUGGAACGUAAAAUUGGUGUGGUUGUUGUAUCAUUUCCAGCAACAGAAAUGACCCAAAGCCGUGUUCGUAUUUGUAUUUCUGCUGCACAUACAAAAGAAAUGCUUGAUAAAUUGUUAAAAAAUAUUGAUGAAGUUGGGGAUAUUAGUAGAACAAAACAUUCAAAUAAAUCAGAAUUUUACAAAUCAACUGAAGCAAUUUGGUAA